AUGCAAAUCGAUGAAUUUAUCUCUACCAUUAAUGAUAUGAGAGGAAUAAGUUCACGAAGAGAGGAAGCAGAAAAGAAUUAUCUAGAAUUUAUUGGAAAUCAGCCUCAAAUUGCAUUUUCAUACUUUCAACAAUUACUAACGAACAUUAACUACAAGAAAAUAGCAAUCACACUAUUACUUUCAGUCAUCUGUCACAAAAACAAGGCUUUUCUCGAAGAAAACAUCAAUCUUAUAAUUCAAUCUUUAAUAGAAAUCGCUCAAAUACUUCUUUCAGAGGAUUUUGAAACCGAAUCAACAAUAGAAAUAUGCUCAAGGUUAUAUGCUUACUUUUUAAUUGAUUUUUGGCCGGAUUCAUUAAAUCUUCUUUUACAAAACGAAACAAAAACGUCAGUAUACGUCUAUUCAUACCUCGUUAAGAUCGGCAAAGUAAAAAUCAAUAAUGAAUUUUUGAGAAAUUUAAUUCCAAAAUACUUAGAAAUGGAGCAAUUCAUUGAUUUCCACGAAAGUAUAUUAUGCCUACUUACUGUAUGCGCAGAUCUACCAGAACGUGAACACUUCAAGCAUUAUUAUGCUGAAACCAAAAAAUAUAUCGAAUCAAUCGAUAAAAAAUACCUUAAAACAUACUUGAAGUUCCUCAAAAGCAUGAUAAAAAGAGAAUUGAUCGAGGUUGACGAAAAUAUUUUGAUUUCAAUUCCAAUAUUUUUAUUAAAUGAAGAUCUUGGAUCAUCCAUAUGGUAUUACACAUCAAAACUUCUUCCAGAGAUAUCAACUGAUAGUCCUCUUCGUUCACAACUUGAAAAUAUGAGAGAUAAUUUAUUAGAAUAUUUAAUUCAAGGUUUUACACCAGAAAUUCCAAAUGAUUAUGAUACAAGUCAAGAGUAUUAUAUCGUCGAUACACUAGAUAGCAUCUAUUUCUCUGUCGGAGUCUCAAUUGAAGACUAUGAUUACGUAAUUGAAGAAUCUGAGAGCGAAUCACCACCUGAUGAGUAUAUUUCCAUUGUUUUAGCACGUCUUUUCAUGGAAUACACCAUGUUCCAGCGAAUAGAAACUGCUUUUAUCAACAAAAUUGGUUAUUUUUUGGUUUCUGAAACUCCGAAAAUUCGUUUUGGAAUUUCAAUACUUCUCAAAUCAAAAAAUACCAAACUUUACAACCAUUCAAAAUUUUUAAUUGAGCAAAUAAUAGGAAAUAUUGAAAAUGAAACAGAGCAAAUUAUAAUUACCAAUCUUCUUGAGAGUUUGGUCGAUUUAAUUUCGAAUUCAAAAGAAGAUUUGUCAGAUUUGCAUGAACACAUCAUAUCUGUUAUCAAUGGAUUGACAAACAAUGAAUCCUAUAUAGCAGAUUCAUUGACAUUGAUCUCUGCUUUCAUAAAUCACGUAAAAGGAGGAUUCACAAAUUAUUUGGAAAUUUUCUCGAAUUAUUUCGAAGCAAUCAUGGAAGACAGGACAUUUCUAUUGGAUCUAUCAGAAGUAUUCGUAACAAUGGCCAAAAACAAUCUGGUUUUCAAUGAUUUGUUUUUGAAUUUUUACAUUACAACUUUUGAAAAUUUAGAUUUUGACACUUUUCCUUUUAGUACUGUUGUCAAGAUCUACAAGAAUUGUUUAGAGUUUAUGAAGACGAUUCCACUUGAAUCAAGUGUUUUCGCUGGUUUUACACAUUAUUUAGUUGAAUAUUGUAAGAAAAUUCCAGAUAUAAUAAAUGAAGUUCCAGGAGACGAAAAUGACGUGAUUUCUGUUGAAUUAGGGGAUUCCUUGGAAAAGAAUGUUGUUUACUAUGAUAAAUACGAAGUAUCAGAUUACAUUCUUUCCAUUGAUUGUAUCAUCAAAACUAUUAAGAGAUUCCCUGAAUUUGUUGAUUCAGAUUUAUUCGAAAUUUCCAAAAAUUGUUGUUUUUCUUUCGAACCAGAUAUUUGUUUGCACAGUUUGAAAUUGUUUAAGAAUGUUAUAGAAAAUAUUGUUGCUGAAAAUACUGAACAAGUGUUCUUGAUAUUGAAUGAACUCACUGAUUCUUUGGCUUUCGUUUAUUACCAAGAAAAAUUUAUCAAAAUUUUGUGUAUGAUUUACAAAAAAGUGCCAACAAAUGACACUUUUUCGCUUAUUUUUACAUUUAUUCAAAAACUCAUUGAGUUGAAUUCUCUUUCCGAUGACAAAGAGCAUGAUGUUGAUGAUCCUGACUACGAAUACAACGCGAAAAGUAUAAAUUUGUCAAAUGCUUUUACAAAAUUUGAUAAUGAUUUCUUUACAAUGAUUUCACCUGACCAAUUUAAGCAAAUCAUGUCAGUGUUUACUUACAAACCAGAGUAUUUCAGUUUGUUCACUUAUUUCUAUGCAAAAUACUCUCCAGAAGAUCUUGAAAAUUUAAUAAAUUUGCUUGGAGAUCUUUCUGAUUCUUAUGACCAAUUGAGACAAGCUGUAGCGAUUAAUUCAAUGUACAAUGCAUUGCUAGUUUGUAAGGAAUUGAAUGAGAACUUGUUGAAUAAAAUUGCUAAUAAUGUGAGCAUUUUAAGUAAUAAGUUCUUGAAGGAUUCAAAGAAAGAAAUGGUUUUGAAAAUGAUUUUGCUGAUUAAUGAGAAAAAUCACGAAAUUGCAAUGACAAAAGGUCUUGAUAUUGUAGCAUUUACGUUGUAUGAUGAAGCUUUUCUUGAUGAUGAGAAGAAGAAUGAACUAUUUAACUUCAUUUUCGCUACACCGAAUGAAGAAAUUUUCGAAAAUGUAGACUUCGAAUUUAUGUUGCUUCAAUUUACUUCUAUAUUUGAAAACCAUCCUGAUAAAUACGAAUUGCUCGCCAAUUACUUCAAAGGACUUCCAUUUGAUGAAGAUGAACUCGCGCAAGUCAGAGAGAAGUUCCCAUUCUGCUAUUCAAAUAUUACUGAUGUUCUUAAUUCUUAA